UUGUUCUGGGCCUCCUCGGUCUCCUCCCCAGAUGACUUUAUAUUGCUGCUCACUGAAGGUUCUCUCUCAUUCCACCUGUAGGACACCUAAUUGCUGUUACACUAAGUGAUCCAGGAGCAAUUUCCAGUCAAUCAUAUUAAAAAUCUCAAGACAUUUAGUUUCCCAAAACUUUCUGUAGGUGGAUCUGAAACAGGCUGCUUGGCAAUGGACCUCUCUGUGAACAUUGCAAUCUGCUUGAUCUUCUGCUGUGUCUGGAAUGCAGAAAGUCGGAAGACAAAUGUCAUCCUAACAGUGCCAAAUGGCGCAAAGUGGGGCGAUUGGGGGGAAAUACAGUUCUGUACUUCAGGACAUGCCAAUGGAUUUGCAAUUAAGGUACAAGAACCGCAAGGUAUACUAAAGGACGAUACAUCUCUGAAUGGCAUCCGUCUUUACUGUGAAUCUGGAGAAACAAUUGAGUCUGCAGUUGGACCGUUUGGAGAAUGGUCAAACAGUAUAAACUGUUCCAAAGGCUACCUGAACUCCUUUUCUCUGAAUGUGGAAAAACCACAGGGUCCGCUUGAUGAUAGUGCAGCCAACAACAUUAAGUUCAAAUGUCAAGAUGGGGAAGAGUUGAAGGGCGAUUCAUAUGAGUGGGGUACAUUUGGACCCUGGAGCUUGUCUUGCAAAACUGGUGCAAUAUGUGGGAUCCAAACAAGAGUGGAGCCUGCCAACCGUGGAUUCUUUACUGAUGACACUGGACUUAAUGAUGUUCAGUUCUACUGCUGUGAUUAAAGUGCAAGAGUUUUAGCCUGCUGACAACAGGGUGGAGAUAUAUAUAUUGUUAGUUCAUUAGUGCCAUGUAUCUUUACCACCAUUAAACAAAGAGAAGAGUG